AGAAGACCGGCUGCAGUUUGAGUUUCCUGAUCCCUCGCUUAUGGACACGGACUCUGCUCGGCUAAAAAAUAGACUCAGUAGACUAAGUGCGGGCCUCGCUUGUUUUUGUAAAGGCCCGACCCGCAAAGAAGGAAGAGAAUGAAUGCCAUUUCGUGCGUGUUCGUUGUCCAUCUGUAUGCCUAUCCCUAUGCCGAUCAUUUGCAUGACCUUAGUCGCGUGCAUCGCUUUCAUGUCUUUCGCCAUGCUGAUCAUGUUGGUCACCAUUGUGAUCCUGAUCGUGUGCAACGUUUUGAACAAGUUGGAGCAGUUUCGUGAUUCUCAUACAUUUCGGGGGUCUUGGAACUGGAUCAGUCCCCCCCUUAAUCUGCAGUCACCUACUUAACAAGUAAUGCGCUGGAGAUUCGUGCAGCUAGUUUAGUCCUAGAUAUGUGAAAGAUGCAAAAAAAUCACUAGCGUUCUUUAAUGUUGCAAGGUGAUGCGCUUGGUGAUGAUGCACGAAGGUAGAUGGAUGCCCCUCGAAUGUAUAUUAGGCACGACUAAAAACGUACCCGCUAUGUUUGAGAUGACUCAGCGCGGCCUUUUCCUUCUUCUUCUUUAUAUAUACACAGUCCUUCUGCUUCUUUGGUUUCUUCUCAAGUUCGUCGAAGUCGAUGCCUUCAAGAUCGAAAAAACUUGGGUCUGCGCCCGGGGGCAAGGCCUCUCCUCCUUGCUGUAGUUCUGCAGACGCACGCAGCGACAAUGGGCAUGGGGCUCUGGGUCGUUUAAGGAUAGCGCCAGCCCCUUUUCCUCGUUGCUUCUCGUUGGGGCCUUUUUUUCUUUUGGCGCCCUUUUCUUCGUCUGCUUCGGCCUUGGCUUCGCCUUCGGCUUUCGCUCUUUUUCCCUUGUUUUCGGCUGGCUUGCUGCCUCCUUUCUUCUUGUUGGCUUUGCCGCCUUUGUUUUUUCAUUUUUUCGGCUUAGGCUCCUCGACCACAUGGCUCGGAAAAUUCCACUUAUCCGGGUGCGGAUAACGCGGAGAGGCCUCUGCCUUUGCCAUAGUGAUUAGUGAUCUUUCUGCCAAUGGCUCCACUAGUUGCAUCCUCUAGAGAUGGGCCACAGCCAUCGUAGCGGUACGAGUCAGAUGCUUUCGCUACGCUUUCCCUCGGCGUGAGGAGUCGCCAAAGCAUAUUUUUGAACACCACCGACCAAGCCAGGGCGACUAAUGCGCCUUAGCUUGCAGGUCCCAGCGCUCUUUUUUGAGGCGCUCCUGCAUGAUGUCCAUUUUUUUGGAAUAGUGCAGGGAUAUCGACAUAUCGCGACGCUCCCUCCAAUCUUUCCAAGUUUCUUCGAUGCUGAGGAACAUACAGAGCAUGCCGAAGCUGAUGCAUUUGCUCCAUUCCAUAGCGUCACGACAUCCGCGAAGAGUACGCGCCAACGAGUGACAGCAUUGCCGAAGAAUGCCGGCGCGGACUUCAGUGGCCGGAGGUAGGGAUGGCGGUGUAGGUUUUUGCGGCGCCAUUGCGUUGCUCGAAUGGCAAGCCGCAUCUCGAAUAGCUUUUUUUAAAGCUUUCGCCACCCGGAAAACCGAAGCCACCUCCUUCGUAGUGGAAGAGGGGCGCGGCUGUAGGGUGUCGCCCCGCCGUGAUUUUGUUCGUGGAGGACGAUGCAGAGAAACUAGCCGACAUUUUUGUAGGGUGAAAAAGAGCAAGAGCGAUUUACUUUAUAUGCAAUAGAUGACAUUAGGAACGUAGAUGAAGAUAGCGCCUAUGAAUGCUAAAACAGGACCCAAAAACCCAAAGAAAUCUUCGAAAAAAAUCAAAUUUGAACGAGGGAAAAAACUGAAGAGAAGACGGCCGCGCCUGGUCGAAUGGCCAGACGUGAUCUCGGGGGUGAGUCUUAUUCUGAUGCGACUCGCAGCGGUCUACUUCGUUGCUUAUUUUCUUCUUUGAUCGCUGCAAGUUCGAACACUUGCGAGUGGAACUACCGUCCACUCCCCAAGUUGGACUGUCUUGGCUUUUGGCUUUUCGCCCACGAUCUUUGCAAGCAGAUUAGUGGAGGCUGCUUUGUUACGCGCCUUCGUGAAGACGUCGCCCUUCUGAUCUUCUGUAGGGCAAUAGUGGAGCGCGGUUCUUCCUUGUUGCUCUACGAUCUCACGGGUCCAAAGCAUUGCAAGACCCAUGAGCUUGGCGCAGCGUCUUAAGAUCCAUGAGCUUGGCGUGGCGGAUCUCUGGGCUUUCGCCGAUCGCUUUUGCGCUUUUGUUGUCGAGUAUUGACGGAAUUGGGGAGAGUGACUCUCUUCGCCGCCCGUGGGCGCUCGCUGAGUUCUUUUGGCGAUUGUUGCCAAGCAAGGCGCCUUAGCGAUUCUCGUAGAUGAAGUCUCCGGAGAUAAGUCGCUUCCCUUGCGACUUCAGUCGCGGCGAUGAGUUCCGCUGCAGUGGUGGAUAGUGCUACCACUGCCUGCCUCUUGCUGCGCCAGGCAAUAGGUGUAGGAAUAUUCCCCCUUGCCUCCACUAAGCCGCCAGUGGCGGACCUUCGUGCAUUUUUGCAUGUUGCCCAGUCAGCACCAGACCACGCGCAGCGAGAUAGAUCGCCGUCGCGGCCGUCAGUGUUUAAGCUGAAGCAGCGAGCCCUUUGGGGAUAUCCUAAGACGCGAUCGCAAACGCGUGGGGCCUCCUGUGUGGGGUCCUCUAGAUAUGUCGGCAGAUUCGGGGCGACGACGGCACAUGCUAGGCCGUAGCUAAUCUGGUUGAUGUACCUACUUACGCAGAUACACUACUGCGCCGACGAAUUGCCUAUAGGUGUGCUUUGUCCUUGUCGCCAGGUAUUCGUCUUUUUGCUUGUGCCAUCGGCCGCUUCUCGUUCGGGGCGGUCGAUCUCCGCGCGCGUUAUCGGAGUAUCGACUUCCUUGGUCGUUUUGUCUGGGUCGAAGUCCUGCAGAAUCUCAUCGACCAGACUUUCUCCUUCUUGACUCAAGGCCAGCCUGUGCCUCUUUUUGAGGCCGUUCGCUGACGCCCAGAAGCUUAUAGAGCUGCCUGCCGUCCUCUUGUUGUUUUGGUUAGCACUCAUUGCGCCCAAACCUAUCGGGGAUUGACAUCGAGCCUCGAGCCGCGGCGAUAUCUUCUCUCCGACCUAGAGUGACAACGUCACCCACGUGCGCUGGCGUGGAGACUUGGCGCCUGCCGUGGAAGAACCAAGACGGCGCGCUCUCGCUUUGUUUGUUUCCAGCCGGGGCUGGUGGCGUGUUUCGCGAACGUUUUUGCCCAGAGUGCUGGGGCGCUCUUCAGACCGUGGGGGGCUUUCUUUAGUUUCUAGGCGCGACCUUCUCUGCGCCACUGUGGCGGAGGUAUGCAAUAGACACCCUCGCCGACGAUGUCAGCGCUUAAGAGAGCUGUCUUGGCAUCAUACUGCUCAAGAUCAAAAUCGAGGACCAUUGCUACCUUGAGGAGCAGUCUUAUCUUUGGGAUCUGAGGGGCGGGAGAGUAGGCGCUUUCCUUGUAAUGUACUCGAUUCCCGAGAACUCAACUACGGCGCGGCAGCAGGAGGGCACGAUCGUCGAAGGUAGGCCUGAGCAGCCGGAGCCUCGCCAGAGAAUGCACCAGGCCCGGCGUCCAUGAUUUUGGCGAUGAAGUGCACACUGUCGGGGGGCAACUCCUCGGCAAACGUCACGGCCGCAGUUCGUCCACAAGGGAGAAGGGUCUCCUCUUCCUUGUUGCGGCUACGUCUCUCCAGUUCUCGCUGCGCGUUAAGAUGGGUUGGGCGUUCGCUCGGUUUGAGUUCUUUUGUCAUUUGUCAGGGCUUCAGCGAGUGCCGCUAACCUAUGGCGCCCCUUCGAGCACUGGGGCGUGGGCUUUCCGCUCUUACUUUUUUCAAAAAUCGUCUUCGCCUCCUCCAUGAAGAGAGAAUAGCUGUCGCGUGCCCUUAUUGGGUCUGCCACGGCGGGACAAGGGCUGGCGCUAUAGGGCACAUAUCUGCCAGGGUCGGCAGGGAAGUAUGUACUUGCUGACACGGAGCGCGGGCGCUCCUUGUCUUUUGGGCUUCAUGCUCAUGGGGAUUAUGUUUAUCCCCGCAACUGAAGGUCUUGAAUCUGUCAAGAUUUUUCGAAGCUCGUAGCGUAUCCGCCAUCUCGUCGGGCAGGGUCACUACGUUGCCGCUGCCGGCUGGAGCAGAUUUCUGCGCCUCUCUGGGCUUGUUGUCCACUGCUUGUGCUAACUUAUCCAGAUAUAGUGUCCUUUCCGUAGGAACGUAUACGCACUCCGGCGAGGUUGGUUCUUUGCCGAUGUCGACUUCUCGCCGACCUCGGCGCGAUGGAUGAAAGAAGGCGCGCAGAAGUCGCCAGGAAGUCUCCGGGAAAUUUCAGAAAAUGCCGAGCGUGUGGGCUGGUGGCGACAAGGCUUAGCGCGGGCAGUGCUUCAGCACUUUGGGAGGGUGGUCGGGGUUCUCUUGCCUCCUUGUCGUUUCCUUUCCCACUUGCGUAGCGCUUUAGGGGGGCGAGAAAUGGCACGCAGGGGCGGACUCUGUGGCUUGUAUGCAGGGAGGGCUUGGAAGGCCCUCGGAGAUGAACACGCGAGCGACUGACGCCAGAGAGAGGCUUCGGGCUGUGGUUCGACAAGGGUGGCGCAGGCGCUUGAGCUCUAUGGAAGUCGCAGAGAAGUCGUCGAGGAGUCUCUGGAAAGUCUUCCACGGGUCUGGCUGGAAGUCGGUGGAAGUCUCGCAGAAGUCUCCGGAGAGUUUGCGCCUUCUGGAAGGGUUCCCCGCUGAGGCCACCCCGGUUUUUUGAGACUUCCACAGACUUCCAGACGGACCCGCGGAAGACUUUCCAGAGACUUCCCAGAGACUUCCACAGAGGUCGCCUGGGAAAGUGCUCAGACUUCCCGGAGCGUUUGGGCAGACUUUCUGCAGACUUCCACGGGAGUGAAGUGGGAGAGCUCUGAAGCCUUCCCAGAGACUUCCAGAGGGCUCACCCAUGGGCCUCAAGAAUGGGAGACACCUUGCGAGCCGCUUGGAGGUUCUUCUAGGUGUGCCGCUGUCUUCGUUUGGGGACUUUCAUGGCAGUGCGCCAGAGUGCGGCUGAGCGCUUCAGCGCUGAAGCCGUCACGGCGGCGGGCUGUGUGGUCUCUCGUUGUAUUGCUCCAAGGCCAGGCCUUCGCCAACCAUUUCCCGGCUUUUUCUCGAGAUUUCUUGCAGAGGCAGACUCCCACCCGGCGAAGCUGAUCCGGCUGCGCUGGUGUCAAUUCUCGGGCCUUGGUGGCUUUUGUCGUGGUUUCGUCCCAGACUAAGUAGUUGGGAGAGAAAUGCGAGUAGCCCACGAAUAUGCCGGGGAGGUAUGCCCGCUGCGUCUUCGUUUUCGCGGAGUUUUUAUAUCGGCAAGGCGUCCCAAAAGUUCGCACGAAUUUGAGAGGCGGAGGCCCCCCGUGCCGCGUCUGGUGCGCGGACUGUGAGCUGAGGGCCAGCCUUUGCGCUCGAUUGAGCGCGGGGCAGUAUGCUGGUGCUGCAAGGCUCCAGAACUUGCCUGGUAACCUUGCAGCGCCAAGCAGACGCUUGACUCCCUGCGUUGCGAGUCGACUAGGGACUUCCGCACUACCGUUCUGCGCCGGUGAGUACGGGAACGAUUUGCGCGGCUUUAUGCUGUGAGUGCUUGCGGAGUAGUUUGGGAAACUCUCUCUCGAGCUCUUUUCUGUUGUCAGACCUACAGACUUUCGGCGUGCCGUGUUUGUCCAUCCAGAUUCGUCGAGCUUUAUAGGCGUCUGCCUUGCGCUCUAUUGAGAUUGCUUCGGCCCAGGGGUCGCAUCGGUCAACCAUGAUGACCCAACACCUGCAGCCACUGGCGCCGGCUGCCAGGGGGCCGCACAAGUCCGCGCUGAUUGUGUGGCUAGGUUCACUGGGGAGAAGCUCUGGCGCCGUGGCCUUUUUGGGUGGCUUCUGACGGGCUUGAUUCUGUCUGCAUGUUUCACAGUUUGGGGAAAAAAAUAUGACAUAUGCCCCAUUCUGUUCUGUGUGGCCUCUUCCGAGAUCGAGAAGGCUGGCCUUACUUGCGGGCCUCGGUUCGUAGUAGAACCUUGCGAACCGCUGGCGGCGGGCCUUUCUUGAUUACAUCAACCGCUUCACCACUGGGGGCGCGUAGCUAGAGUGGGUGACAUUGUAAAGUAAGCCUGGCUCUAGCAGUACUUCCAGGCUUGCUAUGUUGUGCGUGAGCCUCGGACUAUGGUGUGCUUUCCUUAUGAGUAUGGGGAAGCGUUCUGCCGUCUUGAGGGGUUUGGGGGAGACUCGUGCUCCCCUCUCGACGGGAGGCCUGGCCGUCAGCUUGGACUAUGGUGCCCUCACCGACGACGUCUCGGAUCAAGCUCUGACGCUGACCCCUGGCACAGAAGACUUCUGCGCCACUAUCGAGAAGCCACUCACUGUGGGCUUGCUUCUCGAUAGUGUCUGUGUAAGCGGACCCUGUCGAAGUCGUCGACGUCUUCCUGCAUCUGUGGCGAAAGCGCCGCGACAGUCUUGCUCUGUUGUCUCCCAAUGCAACACGAGCACGGGGGCGGUUUAUCGUCCUCGACGUCGUCGACGUUCGCGACUGAAGACACCCGCCGCGCCUCACAUGGAUGCCCGGCGGCUGGUGGCGGCUGUUUCUGUUCGCUCUCAACUGGCAGGCAAACGUCCGCCAUUUCCAUCUCCUCGGCUCCGAGAUGGGGUCACACUCCUCGGCUUUUGUUGUAACUUUGUGCCCUUUCAAGAAUUCCACAAAGCUAGCAGCUCUGUCCAGCUCCCUCCUCUCAGGCUCUAAGUCUGAGAGAUUUGGCCGCGGUAGCCGCCACUUGUUGCACGACCGUCCUACUUUGGCUACCGCGGGGAGUCGAUAAGAGACCGGGCCUGAGCCAAAGCUUUCCACCUUCUUUGUGUGACGUAGUCACCAAGGUUCGCCGAUCGCGACGCUGUUGAUCGUGGGGCGACCCUCUUUCUUCUUCUCUUGUUCGGUCUGGUUCUUUCUAUCCGUGCUGGGCUUCUCGGGGUUGGUCGGUGCCACUUUUUCCUUUGCCUUUUUUACCUUUGCCCGUCCCUUUCUUCCCCUUUCUUUUGCGGAGGGAAGUCUCCUGCUUUUCUUCUUCGGCUGCUUUCUUCUGAGCUGGCUGCAGCGCGAGAACUUCCGGCGAGGGUCGCUCAGUCGUGCCAAGGUUGACUUUGUUGCGGGGAGUGAGCCUCGGUUCGUCUCCGUGAUCACUUUCUCAAGUUCAAAGUCGCCCUGCAGCUCACGCUGCAGACUUUGCAUCUCAUGCGUGGGCAAGUCCGAGCUGAUACCCUUGAGGAAGCACAUUCUUGCGACUUCGUUCGUCGUCGUAUCUUUCACCUUGUUGAAGAUAGGACGAGAGUCCCGCGCGGCUGUGGCGACGUUUUGCGCACUGGCGUCGAACUCGAUCAGGCGCCAAAAAUCGCCCCACAGCUUCCGCUGCUGUUUAGGAUUUUGGAAACUUUCAACUUCAGCGAGGACGCCCUCCUUCCACCUCUUCAAGUUCUGUAGUGGUCAGGUGAUCGCUGCGCUCUUGGCUGAGUUUGAUAGCUUGCUCGACACGGUACGCGGGGCCCUUCUUCUCGAGGUGCUUCGCGUAAGCGUUUCGAUAUUUUUCGCGGCGCUUUUUCCGGAGAUCAUAGUAAGUCAGUCUUCCCACUUCCUGAGCGGGUGGGCUUUCUCCUCGACCCUGAAGCGGCCUUUGACCGUGGUCCAACCGUCUUCCUCGGCCUUAUGUUAUCUAAGUCGGGGAGUGCACUGGCGUCCGCCAGUCCCUCUCCAGGUGUGUCAUCAGUGUCCCCGGUGGGGUGUUAUGUUGGCACGAAUGAGGAGAAAGUGGAAAUGUCUUCGAUGUCGUUGCCGUCUUUGAGAGUUGCGCGGACUCCUUAAUCUUUGACUUUUCCUUGGUCCUCCACUGGUACCCUUGCCAGUGGCAUGAGUGGCGCAGGGUUGCAUGUAUACCAGCCUUGGCGUUUGAUUUUGAUGAAGCGAGUAUAGCGCUUAUCCUCACCUUCGCUGCAUUCGACUUCGGCGCCGUCGAGAGUGAUGACACGCUCAACGCCACAGCGGUACUUCAUCGCCCCCUUUUGUUCGACCUUGUUGUAGUACUCGGGCUCGAGGAACCACAAGGCUCGCUCAGGUGUGAGCUUGUAGCUCUGCCCUCGUUUGGCGUAGGCUUGUCGCGCCAUCUUGGCGAGUGCUUCCCAGCAAACAAGUCUACGGGAAGACUUUUAGAAAAUCGACGCGCCGCGCGUUACAGUCCAGGCCUUUGGAGUAUUUAUUUGAGAGAGGUCCGUGCGAUAUGGACGCCAGGGCCGUUCUGAAACACUUCCGCGUGGCUGCUUGCCAAACGCGCGCGCCGCCCUUUCGGGUGGGAAGGUCGGCCGAUCUCGCGAGGGUGGACAAGGCCGCCCCGUUUUGCGAGUUUGGUUUGCAGACUUCUUCCUUUUGUUGUCUCUUUAAGUGACUCCUUGAGGCACCUGGGAUCAGUCGGAAGGCCUUUCUGCUCUGUGGUGGUUCUUGUUGCCGCAAGGUCUGUUUACCCGCCGGAGAACUUCCAAAAGCCGACAGAAAGUCGGACUAUCAGAAAAAAUCUGAAAACAAAAAACAAACAAAAGCUUUUGGGCUUUGUUUGUAAGUAACUAAAUACUUAAGGAGUGUGAGGGCUUAUGGCUCAAUGGUCCGCCGUUUAUGAACACGGACUCUUCUCGGCUAAAAAGUAGACUCGUUAAGCGUGGGCCUCGCUUGUUUUUGUAAAGGCCCGACCUGCAAAGAAGGAAGAGAAUGAGUGCCAUUCCGUGCGUGUUCGUUGUCCAUCUGUGUGCCUAUGUUGAUCAUUUGCAUGACCCUAGUCGCGUGCAUCGCUUUCAUGUCUUUCAUCAUGCUGAUCAUGUUGGUCAUCAUUGUGAUCCUGAUCGUGUGCAACGUUUUCAACAAGUUGGAGCAGUUUCAUGAUACUUCUCAUACAUUUUGGGGAUCUUGGAGCUGGAUCAUUUCCGCCACUGCCACCUCCAGGAAAGUCGCCGCAAGAGCCAGAGCCACCGGCAAGCAGCCCGCCGCAAUUGCAUCCGGCUCCUCCUCCAUCAAGCAAGUCGUUGCUAGAAGAGGGCGGGGCGGCGCUGCGGAAUUAUCUUUGGGGACUUUAUACGAAUGCUCGCAAGUUAGGUGCUUCGGGUUCUGACCUUGGUGUUUAUCAAGUCGUUGCUGUCGUCGAACUCGGAGAGAAAGAGACUGGCGGCGCAAGCAACAAAGGCGCGCUGCUGGUGCGCACAUGGCGCAAGCCGACUGCGGCGCCUGAGUCGCGCCGCUCGCUCUUUUGCAAAAAGAUGGACCCCGCUCCCCCUCGUCAAAAAUGGAACGACAGCGAGUGCGCGGCCGCAAAGAUUUUCGUGGACAACUGGAGGAGCAACGCCAAAGCAACGCAUCAAUACCAGGGAGAGGGCUACAACGUCGCGACCCCGUUCUGCACAAAUUUGCGGUUCCAGGUCGAUAGGGACAGGCACAAGGCGCUUUGUGCAGAUGCCAUGAAUGUUGUAACGCAGAGCAACCUCCUGGCUGAGAUCGAGCCGACGACGGGCGCCGCCAGCAGUGGCCAAGCGUCACAAAAAAACGCAUUGUGGUGGACUUGGGAAAGCAAUCGCGUCCUGAAGGAUGUUGGGCUUUUCCACCGAGACAUCAAAGGUGAGAGCUUCCUUCGCUCUUCUUCUCCAGUCGCCUUCUUGAUAGCCUUCGACAUGGACGCGGCGUGCACGACAAGUAGUGACAUGCCGAGCGUCGUGCCGUGUGAGGGGCAGGGUCGGACGAUAGCUGGCACGCCAAAUGUCUUUUCCCCAGAUCACUUCACUUUCGUGUUUGACUUCGGCGACUACUUCAAAAACAGCCAACUCUGUACGAGCCAAAGGAUUGUAGACCACGCGGCCAGAGGGGACUCCUUCAGCUGGGCGGCCACAGUCAUUGCGGCCGCUGCGCCCAAGUACUUCAGCAACGGCGUAUUUGACUUGCUGGGACUUAAACGCCCUACCCAAUCCCUCUAUGUUGUGUCACUCACACUGACUCUUUCGCAAAUUGUUACACCUCCUGAGAAAACUUGUGUAGACCGUCACUCACAGGUAGGCGCAUAUCCUAAGCUCAUGCCCCAAAAAUCAAGAAACCCGACAUGACGUCACCUCUAAUUCCAAGGAGGAGAAGGAGCAUAUGCGCGGGCUGGGCUGCGAAUGCUACGACGCGAAGCGGCCUGUCCAGGUUCAAUUUUGAUUAUGAGUUGAGAGCGGCUUUCGCUGUAGGAGUUUUGCUCAAUCACAACUACUAUAUAUAUGCCUAGAUGAAGUGUUUCGAUUUCAAAUCUAAGCGCUUAUAAAAUCAAGCACCCCAAGCAUGAUAUGCUCCCUUUCUUUCAUAUCGCUGAAGAUUACUGAAGCGACAGCGAGGUCCGCGCCUCAAGCUUCGUCCCCGACGAUCUCAGAUGCGGGCAAAAAGCUGAAAGAGUUAUGGUGCUUUAGUACUUGGUAGAUAGCACGGACGCGGAUGGAGCUGGGAGUUUUCUUGAAACGCAAGAAGAUGCGUUUGGGACGGAGUAAAUAAGCUUCGUCCUCAUUAUCAGAAUAAUAUCAAUCAAAAUAAGUUGUUUUCAAGAAAUGUUGAUGUCGUCGAUCGAAUGGUCACCGGAUUCGCAACAGCUACAGCGAAUAACUCCUGAAGCUAGUACAGAUUUAGACUAUUUUCUUAGCGUGAAAUAUGCUGGAAGCUCUUACAGAAUUGAGAAUUCGCAUACUUAAAGCCGCGUUAGACUUUCCUAGCAUGGUGCAGGAGGGUUCUUGCAAUGAUUUGGUGAUUGAGUUUAUUUCUUAUGUCCCAUUUUUUUUAGUGAAGUUCGUUCGCGACGUCUGCCAUCGUGGACGGAUGAGUGAAUGUUGGUGCAUAUUGGUACUGUUCUUGGUGUUUAUUUUUUUUCUUCUCUUCAGAAGGACCCGCAAGGAUCACAUCACUUCUGUUUCAUUGCGUUAACAUAUUGACUAUCUAAGGUUGACAAGGACAAGGCUUUUACUCAGUCAUAUGCCUACUUCCAAAAUAUGCGGUAGAGUUCGGGUUUGGAAGAGGUAGCUUUAUGGUAGUAUUGCACUUUUGACUCUUUCCAUUCUACAAGCAUCGAUCUGGCAUCUUUCCGACCUUUCAUCUUGUUCUAUCGAGAAAGCGGUCAUGCAGAGUAUCACUCCAGACCUAGAAGGCAGUGCCCGUCACGAGGAGACGGAAAAGAAAAAGGGUACUUCAAAUUUUAUAUUGUUAUUGAUCUGGAGACUUUGCUACUGCUAGUGCAUAUUGGUGACUUUCCUAGCAAUAUUGCUAGCUUACUAUCUAAUAACCACCUUACGAAGAUCGUCCACCUAUGAAAUCGCCGCGGACUUUGUCACUCGGUUGCGUCCUAAGUUGGAAAGUUGUGGAAGCUGGAAGCUGUGGCCCUUACUGUGACGGGCCUCAAACUUCCUGCGACUAGUCUCAAAACUGCCGGGACUAGACUCAAAAUUACUGCGACGAGUCUCAGAACUGCGGCGACUGGUCUCGGCUUUGCCGUGACUAGUCGCAGCACUGCUGUGACUAGUCGCAGAGCUUCUGUGGCUCCUCUCAGUCUUAUUGUGACGAGCCUCAGUCGCAGUCUUACUGUGACCAGCUUCAGACCUUUUGUGAUUAUUGUUCUCAAACUUACUGUGACUGGCCUCGGACUUUUUUGCUGUGACUAGUUUCGGGCCUUUUUGCUGUGACUAGUCUCGGACCCGCUGUGACUAGUCUCAAACUUACGGCGACUAGCCUCAGGCCCACUCUGACUAGCCUCGCGCCCACUGUGACCAGUCUCGGGCUUGCUCUGGCUGGUCUCUGACUGAGUUCGUCGGGCUGUUCGAAUCUUAACACCGUCAGGAGCUGGCGCUUGUGUAUUCUGAUGGCGUUCAGAUUCGGACAGCCAGACAAACUCAGACAGAGACUAGGCGCAGCAAAUUCGAGACUAGUCGCAGUGGGCGCGAGACUAGUCGCAGCAAACUCGAGACCGGUCACAGAGAGUCUGGGGGUAGUCACAGUGGGCGUGAGGCUCGUCGCCGUUCGUAAGUCUGAGACCGGUCACAGUGAGCCCCAGGCUUGUCGCGCUAAGUCUGAGACCAGUCGCAGUAAGCUUGAGUUUGAGACUGGUCGCAGUAAUUCGGAGACUUGUCGCUGUCAUUUUGCGACUAGUCUGGCACGGUAAGGCUGAGGCUAGUCAUGGGAUGGCUGAGACUAGUCACAGCAACUGCCACAAGCACAACUCCCACAGACAACCCGGGCGUGACUCGUCACAACUUCCACAGCCUGGCAGGAAUAGAGUGCGGCCUUUUCGUAGGUGUUUGGCUUUUCUAACCAGUCACGAGGAGGGUGAAACUCUGCACGCAUCUGCGUGAGUGCGAAGGGGUGAGACAAAGGAGGGCGCAAUCGCUUACUUCUCAAGGACAGCGACAAAGUAAGUAGAUUCGGCUAGUAGCGCGCCAAAGUCAUACAGCCUGCGCGCGUGUGCGCAUGACUUCCACAAUAUUUGCAACUUCGUCCAUUCCUGUUCUUCUCGUCACAAGAUACUCACCUACUAGUCUCCACCUUUUGUCUGUAUAUGUAACUGCUUCGGACUCUGUUGAAGGGACGAAUGCCCGAGGGUUGUUUCGACUUUGUAAUAGGAAGCAAAGUAAGUAGAUGCGCGAGGUCCUUGGCUUAGUUCGUGUAGGCUUGGACACGAGUUAAGUAGUAGCAAGGACUACUGGGUAGCGAGACCUGCUAGGGAGGGAAGCGCCAAAAGCAGUAGCAGUCGAACAAUGCGUGACACUUGGCCAAUCGUUCGCCAGGUCAGGCGAGCAAUCUAGGUAAAGUCAUUCGAUGCAGAGAGUGAGAGUUCACGGAAGGCUUGGCCAAAUGAGCUGCCUUAAGAUAGAUUUGGUCGCGUCUUGAAACUUGAGGGGAAACCCUUGAGGAGUAGGGAGGGAAUGAUCUAGGCCAGGUGGAUAAGGUUGAGAGACCUUAGAGAAGCCUCUGCUGGGUUUAUACAUAGACGAGAAAGGAUUCGAGUUGCUGGCAUCUGCGAGGAUGCCAGGCGCAUUUCUUGGAGACGGGAAGGGGCUAGGACUCAGUUGGUAUUUGGGCGCUUUCGCUGUAAUGGUGAUAGAGAUAUACGCACCACCGGGCGGAGCUCUUAAGAGGAUCGGAUGGCUCCGACGCCUCACUGCGUAGGGGGGGCAGUGUAGGACCUGGCCCGGGUGUAAACGGGGCGGCCUUUCGUGAAGAAGUGCGCCAGCGAUUCCAAAGAACUGGCGCCGAAUGACUAAAAGACUUAGACGGCUGCUGCCUAGAUCUUCGUGGUAGGGCGGCUGUCGUUGUUAGACUAGACGAGUUGGAAAGUCAACAUGAGACGUUCUGGCCACAGCACAGGGCGGCGCUGUGGUCAGCAUUUGGAUGUUGCCACAGUUGCCAAAUUGUGGCGUGGGCCUCCUAGCGGGGUUGAUUUAGAGUCAUGCUUGGACCUUGUUUCAUCGGUGAAGAAUGUGCUCAAGGGUGAAAACCAGUACCGCGUCGAUCCAUAACAUAUACACACACACACUUUAAUUCCAACACAGAGGAAGCGACUAACCUCCUGCAAGCGCUUGAAAGCACGCAACUCAAGCCGCUGCCGCGUGGCAGGUUUCAGUCGCCCCCGAUCUCAGCGAUUGAGCUACUGGCGCAAAUACUAGUUGGCAACCCGUGGAAUUUGGAUCCCACUUUCAGUGAGAAUAGGCGCCUUUUUUACAAGUGGACCUUGGCGAAGAAUAGCAGUGACCAGAAAGUAAGGGACGCUGGACACCUAUACUGUGCGCCUUCUCCGGUGGGGCUUGUUCCUUUGGAAAAGCCGCCAGAAGUUCCACGGGAGGAGGCAGUUCCUCCUCCACGCUUCGGGAGCGCACCCAAGAAGUUGUACUCUUAGCAGACACUACUUUUACGAAGAUCCUUAAGCGAUUAGAUGAUAUCUGCGGUAUGUAUCUAUAAUACAUACUAUGUAUAAAAAGUCUUUGAAGAAGCCUGACGCCUGUAGUUGCUCUAUUGUCUAUUUCUAGAGAGAAGGCGUUAUGGAUACAGAGGAGAUGUGCAUCUGCGAAGACUACGUGGAUAUAUUUCAAAAGUAAUGGUAAUCUCUCUAAUGCAACUCCUUUCGGUUCUGAUGUUGCGGUGGGUCGUCGGGAGACUAUCUACCAGGGAAUUUUAGGAGAAAAGCAAAAGAGCCAGUUGAAGAUAUGGGUACGAACAUAUGUGAUUACGAUCAACAAGAUAUUGAGGAUUAGACUUAUGUAACGAAAAGUUGAAGCACUGCUUUAAUCUGAUCGAACCAGAACAAGCUGCUCUAUUAGAAUUAUUCUUAUUGCAUAGACUUGCAGCUACAUCGAAAGAACUGAAAAUAUUGACAAGUACAUCAACCAUGAACAGGUAAAAAAUUCGAAAAUUCGCGAAGAUGUUUACGUGAACUGAAGAAGGGUUGAUGAUGUGGAAUUAGCAUUUUUAUGGAACGACGCACGUGUUUUUGCAACCCCUAUGCCCACGUAGUCCUAGUUCGAGUCGUAAGCUCUAACCCCUAGUACUUUUUAGUUUGACUACGAUGCGCUUAUCACACGUCAAAAAUAUGGGAUUCGAGAUCUUAUUUUUUCCUUCUCAUCACUCAACUCAUCCAAAUUACUUAUCCCUUUUCUCCCUAAGGGUCUCAGCUUAUCAACAAUACUAGAAUCUUCAACGUCCUCCAUGCAUACUUAUUCUAACCGCAGCUGACGAGUAAAAAAGGAUAUAGAAAGAAGCAGCACGUUCGAAGAAUAGUAGAGUCGAUGUGCUGCUGGUGGGGAUGAUGUCGUCGUGAUGGAAGAAACUAUAAAAACUGAUGUCAGAAAAAACACCAAUCUAUCACGAUAAAAGUAACACAGACCAAAAAUAUUGAAAGUAAAAGUAUUACAACAUUAACAUUUUUAAUGGAUUUUUUUGUACAAAAGUAACAAGUUGUUUGUAAAGAAUGAGAAAACAUUAAAAGAUUUUAUAUAUAAGUAUUUUUUUAGAGAAGUCAGUGUUUUUUUAAACCUAACCUAGCCAAGUCAGUCAGAAAAAGUAUCACAAAUGUUAUGUCCAUGUUUCUGGUGAUUUUGUCACACUGACUUAGACGGCAGGUCUGCUGUCGACAGGUUUGCGUUGACAGGCCACGAAGUUGUAGAGGGCUGAAGAAAGAGAUGAAAUAUUGGAUGAUCUCAUGUCUGUGCCGAAAACAUUUUUAGAGGUAGCUAGUGUUG